UAAUAACAUCAGAAAAUGAAUUUUAUUGCAUAAUGUCCACAAUAGUAUACAACUUUAUAUUAUUUUUACAAUAGCUUAGUGUUAGUCAAUCUCUCGUGAAUAAUAUCUUUAAUUUGUUGUAUACAAUAAUUGUAAGUUUAACUUAUAAUCAAAAAUAUAUAUAUAUUAAAACUAAUUCUACAACAAAUGAUAGACUCCAUACUUCUAGAUUUAUAUUUGUAUUUAUUAGAUAUACGAUGUGUAUACAUAAAAUACCUUAUGUAUUAGCUUGUACUGUAUUUGUAAUAUACUCACAGCUACAUUUAGUUUUUACUUUCUCAACUGCCGAUCAAAUUAUUGGUAAUGGAUAUCCGGUAGAAACGUAUGCAGUUGAAACGAAAGACCAUUACAUGGUAGGUUUGGAACGAAUACCGUAUAGUAAAAAUGGGAAUAAGACGAUCGGUAAACCUAUUAUUCUCUUACAUGGAUUGUACGGGACUUCAAUGUUUUAUACGCUAUCUAAUAAAUCGCUUAGUUUCAUAUUAUCCGAUGCUGGUUUCGACGUUUGGCUGCUCAAUUUUCGUUUAGCAGGGAUAUCUAAAUACUUAAAAAAUCCGAAAACUAACGUAGUUACUCCAUUGAGAAAUAUUUCAUGGGAUUUCAGCUUUGACGAAUUGGGAAUAUAUGAUACGACAGCUGCCAUCGAUUUUAUCUUAAACAAAACUGGAUAUUCUACACUACACAUGGGUGGUUAUUCUUUCGGAGCUACCAUAUGCCUGAUCGCAUUAGCUGAAAGACCAGAAUACAACAAAAAAAUUGAUAAAUUAGUGUUGAUAGUGCCAACGGCCAGAAUGAAGUACUAUGACCGAAGACUAAUCAUUUUAAAGAUAUUCCCAUUUUUAUUCCACAGAACUUUGAAAGGAAGAGAAUAUAUACCUAAGAUGAAACAUCCAGACAAUCAAUGGUUUGGAAAUCAAUGUAAAAAUAAAAAAUACAUGAAAUUAAUUUGUAUUUUUGCAAUGGAUAUAUUACAAGGAAAUUAUUUGUCGAUAGAUUACUCAACCAUUGAUAUCCUGAAAACAUAUCCUCAGCCAACGUCCGUUAAAGUAAUGACACAUUAUUACCAACUUAUACUAGCUGAUUAUUUCCGAAAAUAUGAUUAUGGAAAAAUAGGUAAUAUCAAACAUUACCAAUCCAUUACUCCACCAAGUUAUGAUUUAUCUCAAAUAACAGCUGCUACGUAUAUUUAUCAUUCAAAAUACGACGUUAUAGCUCCACCAAAGGAUAUAAAAUGGUUAAUACAGAGAUUGCCUAACGUAAAAAACGUCACUAUGGUGAAGAAAUUCAGUCACAUGGGUUUUGCUACUAGUCCAUAUUUGAGACCUAUUAACAUUUUAAUAGUUAAACAUUUAUUGGAUAAUAAAUAGUAAAUUUUAAUAAUGUUUUAUAGGUACUCAAUGAAAAUCGCUUGUCAGAUGUUGACAUCAUGCAUACAAUUAAUGUACAACUAUAAUCUACACCUAUGGUUCAAUCGAUUUAAACAAAACAUUUAAUAUAAAAAUAAUAUGACUAUAAUAGCAUAUUAGCAUAGAAUAUAAUUUUAUAGCUAAUAAUAAAUAAAUCUAAUUAGCUACAUAAAAAUCUGUUCAUAUAUACUAUUUUAAGUUUUAAUAGACGAUUUUUGAGAUUUUUCUAAACUAAAAAAUUAUUUAGGUACCUACGUACCUACCUAAAUGUAUUGUAAGUUAAAUUAAUAAUAAAUUGUGUUAGCAAUUUAACUAGGUGAAAAUACGCUUUCUUAACCUUAAGACAUGAUUGUGAUUUUUUUGGGUAUAUUGUCAUUUAUUUAAACUGCUAUUAGGUAUGUUUUAUCAUUGGUAGCAACUCUUUGUUACAUUUUAGGACCCACAGAUGGCUCAUUCCUAGGAAUUUGUCAUUUAAACACAAAAAACCAUUGAAUUU